UUUUUUAAUCAGACGAACCAGAACUGCACUAUCAUCAAAAAAAUAACUCAUGCGUUAACGGUCACCGGAAAGUACUGCAACACGUAGUCGUAGUACCGCGUCCUGCUCCCGAAACAACACUUCGGGAUGUCCUAAUCCCAGUGCGAAUUAGUGACAAUGAACUAGUGAUAACGCAAGGUUAUAAAGUGGUGGGGCGAAGAAAGCACCGUUAUUUCACGUCAGACGGGCAAGUGCUAAAAAUGGAACCGAGUGACGACCAAAGCCCCCGUGAAACGUCUAGAGCUUUGGACAUCGUGAAGAACUAUUUCCGGUUCGAUCGUAGGGUGUUCUUCAAAAAGCGCUUCCCGAUUGCCACGUGGUUGCCCAAGUACACCUUUUCUACCUUAUUCCAGGAUUUCUUAGCCGGGUUCACUGUAGGUUUGACUGAAAUUCCUCAAGGGAUAGCUUUCGCGGUGAUAGCAGGUUUAACCCCCGAGUAUGGUUUGUACUGUGGUUUCAUGGGCGGCUUCGUCUACGCGAUUUUCGGCAGCUGCAAAGACGUCAACAUCGGUCCUACCUCCAUCAUGGCCCUAAUGUUACAAGAACACGUCUCCAAAAUGGGUCCCGAUAUGGCUGUGAUAAUCACUUUCCUUGCAGGGAUCAUCAUAUUUGUACUAGGGUCACUAAAUCUAGGCUUCGUGGUCGAAUUUUUUUCCUACCCGAUCAUCGCGGGCUUCACUUGUGCGGCGUCCCUCCAAAUAGCGUCCACACAAGUCAAAAGCCUCCUCGGUAUUGGGGGAAAAGCGGAUGCGUUUUUAGAAGCAUGGGAAGGCGUAUUUAACAAUCUCGACAAAGUACGACUAUGGGACAGCAUUCUAGGUCUCCUGUCGAUUAUGUUCCUGAUAGCUUUAAAGGAAAUUCGACGAUUCGGGACCUUACAAUAUCGCGCCGACUGGUCACGCGAUCGCAACAUUGCGGGCGUUUUCAUCUUCAUGUUAUCGCUAGCACGAAACGCUCUAGUGGUGAUCAUUGGUACCCUCAUAUCGUACAACCUUCGGGAUGACAACCCCUUCAAAAUAACCGGUGACGUUAAAGGCGGAUUUCCGCCUUUCGCAGCACCACCAUUUAGUAUUAAUUAUAAUGGUACUACCUACAAUUUCGGCGAUAUAGCGACUGACUACGGGCCUGCCAUGGCCUUCAUACCUCUGGUGGCAAUCCUUGAAGCUAUAUCAAUCGGGAAAGCGUUUUCGAAAGGAAAACCCCUGGACGCCAGUCAAGAAAUGUUAGCUUUGGGUCUGUGCAACAUUUUGAGUUCGUUCGUGCGCUCGAUGCCCAUCACUGGUUCCUUCACCAGAACGGCGGUCAAUAAUGCCUCAGGGGUCAAAACACCACUAGCUGGUAUCUUCACCUCCUUCAUGGUACUUCUAGCCAUCGCUUUUUUAACCCCGUCGUUCUACUACGUACCAAAAGCGACUUUAGCGUCUGUGGUGAUUUGUGCCAUGUUUUAUUUAUUCGACUACGACGCUUUCGUCGUCAUCUGGAGAUCCAAAAAACUCGACAUGGUACCAUUCCUCGUGACUUUCCUCUGUUGCAUCUUCAUCAGUCUGGAGUACGGGAUUCUAAUAGGCAUCGGUGUGAAUUUGUUGUUCGUUUUGUACGGAAGUGCCCGUCCUAAGUUUGACAUUGUGAAGGAAAAGUCAAACCAUGGUGGUGCCAUUUUCGUGAUCACCCCCAAAGAUACUUUGUAUUUUCCGGCUGCUGAGUACCUGAGGGACACAGUGUUGGGGUACGACGGUGACCAUAUUGUUGUGGUGAACGGGAAGUACGUGCGCAACAUGGAUGUGACUGUCGCUAAGAGUAUGGCGGUUUUUGCCCAAGAACUCAGUGAGAGGAGACAAACCGUGGCGUUUGUUGAUUUCAAACCGUCAGUGAUAGAAGUAUGCGUAAACGUGAACGCAAACCUGAGGGCGUACUUUAGAGAUGACUUGGAACAAAUCGUCGGAGGUCAAUUGCACAUACAGUAGAGAGCACAUAUUUGACAAUGUUUUCAAUAAAUGUAAUCUCAAUAAGAA